AUGCCGCGCCGCGACGACGACGACGACGACGACGCGGAGACGAUGUGGGACGUCCUCGGCCGCGGCACCGCCGCGGGGCGGGCGGUCUUCAACCUGUACGCCCCCGGCGACGUCACCGGGAAGAGGUACGGCCGCCUGAUGAGCGACUACAACGUCGCGAAGCUGCAGGUGAGGCACGCUUCAGAUCCUUCGAAGCGACGCGCGCCGCCCCACGUCGAGGAGACGCUGAAGCGCGAGGCGCGCGUCGCGUCGUCGAAGCGCGCGAACCAGCGCGUGAACGUCCCGACGCCGACGGGGAGGCGCGCGAUGACGGAGGAGGAGGAGGAGGCGUUCAAGUUCGAGGCGGCGAAGCGCGCGACCGUGUGUCGAAAGACCGAAGCGGAGAUCCGCGCGAAGAUGGAGAAGGACAAGCCGUGGGAGAGACCGCCGCCGCGGCCUUCGAGGCGGUUGAUAGGCGAAGAGGGGAAGCUGAGGCAUCAGCGCAUGGUGGAGUUCGACGGACGGCCGCCGGAGGAGGAGGGAGAGAGGCGAGGGUACGUCCCGCCGCCGGGGUUGGAGAAGGCUGACGCCGCCGCCGCCGCCGCCGCCGCCGCCGCCGCGCGCGCCCCGCCGCCGCCGCCGCCGCGGAGACGAACGGGCGAGACGGAGACGGAGGUUCAGCAGAUCGAAACGCUGCGAGCGAUGUUCGACGACGUCGCGAACGAGAUCGAGGAGCGCGAGGUGUUCAUGAACGAGAUGCGAGCCGCGGGCGCGGGACGGAAGCACGAGCACUCCGUCAAAGCGGAGAUCGCCGAGCGCGUCUCUCAGCUGCGCCGCAUCGACGCGAUGAUCAGAGACCUGGAGGCUUCUAUUCACGAGUACUGUAGGUGA